AUGCCGACUGCAAAAGCCAAGAUUGGAGACCUGGUGCUGGCUGAGGCCGACGCUUGGGAGACAGUCGAAGGGAAUGUAUAUUUUCCGCGCUCCGCUAUCAAAAAUCUGAGUACUUUCCAGAAUUCUGAUACGAAGACGUUUUGCCCAUGGAAGGGUGAGGCAGAGUAUUAUUCUGUAAAGACUGGAGACGCCGUCGUCCAAGAUGCUGCCUGGUACUACGCAAAUCCAUAUGAAAAGGCGAUGAAUAUCAAAGAUCACAUCGCGUUCUACAAGUCCAAGGUUCAAGUUACUGUCGAGUAG